AUGGCAUCAAGUAAAACUUUAAAUGACAAGAAACACUCAAAAAAGAGUGGCGAAACAACGUCACGAAGCAAAGAUAAAGAGCGCAAGAGUAAGAAUAAAGAUCGAGUCUCCUCUUCCAAAGACGACAAGAAUGAAAUAAACACUACAACGGAUGAUGUUGUCGUCUCAACACUUGCAUCAGCGUCGGUAGGUCACGACCCCGAUGCUAUCCAACUAUUUCGUCGAUAUGAUCGAAACCGAUCAGGAGCUCUAACGCGAUUCGACUUUUUGCAGCUAUUGAAAGAUUAUGCUGAUUCUUCGAGUAGCACGCCGGUGACAACUCCAUCAAGACCACCAUUAUCAUUAACUGACACCAACGGAAUUCCCCUGGGAUACCAGCGUGCUGAUAGGAACUCGGAAUUUGAAGCUGGACAGCUUUUUGAGCGAUAUGACAGAGAUCACGCUGGUGCACUCACCUUGGAUGCAUUUCACGCUUUCUUUGCGGAUUUUAAACCACAACUGCGAGCUUUCGUGGAAGAAAGCAAUUAUCGCCCGUUUGCUCCACCAGUGACAACAAUAUCAUCGCGACAACUGGAACCUGUCCAAGAAGAUGAGUGUCUUCCAGCAUCUGAAAACGUUCAGGAUGCCGCGAAUGAUAGGAAUGCGCAUAUAAGUCCGAAAGAGGUUAAAUCAAAGUACCGAUCAGCAUUGUGGAAGUUGAGAAAUUUGUGUAAGAAUGAGUUGAUUGAUCAGCGAGAGCGCCUUGUUCAGCAUAUGAAAUCAAUUCGAAUUGAGAUUUCGCAUCGACAACAACAUAGAAGCAGUCGGAGGACUCACCGACGAUCACGAACGGUACCCGUGCAGGCGUUUAAUGAAGAAGAUAUUGGUUUUGGCAAUGAACGAGAGGUUGAGGAAACAAAGCAGUUCGAAGCAAUGGAAGACGACUUGGAUCGGCUGGACGAUGUGAUAGGAUUCGUGCGCUUUCAUUUGAACAAAGGAAGUGAUGUCUCGCAGCAGGAAAUGCAGAAGUUUCUCGACCAAGCUGACAGAAUCGAGGAAGAGGCCGAAUGCCUUGCUAUGAAAGAUUAUGGAGAUGUUUUGAAAUCAGAGUCGAUAGAAAACGUGAUGUCACCCCAUGUGUCACCUAAAACUCCGCCAACGGCUUCUAUUCAGCCAGAAUCGUCAAGAGAUCAGAAACUAUUGAGUCUGGAGAGUCUUUUAAGGGUAAAAGAUCAAAUGAUCUAUCAAUUGCUACAAGAGCGUACGGCGAUGCGCAAGAAACAAAAUGCGGUUGAGGCGAGUUUAAAAAAGCUAAGCGAUGUCAGUACGCGUGAAAUGAAAAAGUGGGCACGACUUACUGACGACAUGCAAACAGAAAUUCAGCAACUUCAGUCCCAGCUACAAUCUCAGUAA